AUGAUGUUUCGUCUUCCACCACCACCACGUUUUACUCUUCCGCCUCCACCAAAGCUUUCAUCAGAUAUUUUCGAUAGAAAACUUCUAUCUCGACUAACAUGUUCGUCAAUUCGACAACAGCAACAACAGCACCGGUUAUUCACUAAUCCUCGUUUGAUUGCAAUCAGCAGUAUUAGUUUUCUUAUCGUGCUUCUUUUAUGUACUCUAUUAUUUAUGUUAAUUCAUUUCUAUCGUCGGCAAAGAUCUUCAGAUUACGGUCACACACAAAAACCAUUAUCAACAUUGAAUAUGAAACCAAAGAAUUCUACAAUGCAUACUAGUCGUUCAUAUGAAUCAAUUUCAUCGCAACACACAGGCGUUUAUAUUGAAUCAAUUGAUACAUCAGCAACAACUUUCUCAACAGAUCAAAGUAAUGUUAUAUGUCUUUAUUGUCAUCGAGAACGCGUUUAUUCAAAUGCUUCUCUUCCGCCAUACUAUCAUACGCUUGACACUCUUUCUUCAUAA